GGACCUACAAUGACAAAUAAAAAAAGUAGGGAUGAGCGCCAUGUCUGAUUCAAGCGUAGUGUAAUAGAGAACGGGACAUUUUAACGUUUUAGCUCCAGGGUCGGGGAUCGCGUUCGGUCUCGGUAUCGAGGAUGUCCGAGGGCGCAGGUGUUCAGCAGGGCUCCCCGGCCAUCGGUGCGGCGGGAUCGGCUCCUGCGGCUCCGGGAGCCGGGGGAACGGAGGGUUCGGGCGCCACGGUAGGAUCGGCACGAAUCGCGGCGAAGAAGGCGCAGCUCCGCUCCUCCCCGCGCCCUAAGAAACUGGAGAAGCUCGGAGUGUAUUCCUCUUGCAAGGCUGAGGGGGCCUGUAAGUGUAACGGCUGGAAGAGCCAGAACCCCCCUCCCACGCCUCCCCGUACGGACCAGCAGCCCAACACUGUCAACCUGCUGGAGCCCUGCCGCAGUUGUUCCCACACACUGGGUGACCAUGUAACCCACCUAGAGAACGUCUCAGAGGAGGAGAUGAACAGGCUUCUGGGUAUAGUCCUAGAUGUGGAGUACCUGUACACAUGUGUUCACAAAGAAGAGGAUGCUGACACCAAACAAGUCUACUUCUCCCUAUUCAAGCUGUUGAGGAAAUGCAUCCUACAGAUGGGCAAACCUGUGGUGGAGGCGCAGGAAAGUCCUCCCUUUGAGAAACCCAGCAUCGAACAGGGGGUGAAUAACUUUGUCCAGUACAAGUUCAGCCAUCUUCCCUCCAAGGAGCGUCAGACCAUUGUGGAGCUGGCCAAGAUGUUCCUCAACCAGAUCAACUACUGGCAGCUGGAGACGCCCUCACAGAGACGACAGCGGGCACCUGCUGAUGAUGCUGCCGGGUACAAAGUCAACUACACCAGAUGGCUGUGCUACUGCAAUGUCCCCCAGUUCUGUGACAGUCUACCGCGGUACGAAAUGACCCAGAUCUUCGGUCGGACCCUGCUGGGCUCAGUCUUCACUGUGAUGAGGAAACAGCUGCUAGAGCAGGCCAGGCAGGAGAAGGAUACGUUACCCCCGGAGAAACGCACUCUCAUCCUUACACACUUCCCCAAAUUCCUGUCCAUGUUGGAGGAGGAAGUGUACAGUCACAGCUCUCCCAUCUGGAGCGAAGACUUCCUGGUUGGAUCCACAGGAGGACAGAUCCCCAUCCAUACAGUGAUCAGUGCGCCCCCGGUGGCCAGGCCUCUGUACUACAGCACCAGCCCAGUAUCAGUGGACCCAUCUAGCUGUGGCAGUGUCAGUCCUGCCAGGAAGACAGCCUCUGCUCUGGAACCCAGCCCAGGUGGGCAGAAGCGGAAGCCAUCGGAGCCCAUCCCCCAUGAUGAGACUAAGAAGCUCAGGAUCGUCGGCGACAUCCCCAUGGAACUCAUCAACGAAGUCAUGGCAACCAUUACUGACCCGACCUCCAUGCUGGGACCAGAGACCAGCCUGCUGUCGGCCCACUCAGCCCGUGAUGAGGCGGCACGCCUGGAGGAGAGGAGGGGGGUGAUAGAGUUCCACGUCAUCGGGAACUCCCUCAACCAGAAGCCCAACAAAAGGAUCCUGAUGUGGUUGGUGGGCCUCCAGAACGUCUUCUCCCACCAGCUGCCUCGCAUGCCCAAAGAGUACAUCACACGCCUCGUCUUCGACCCGAAGCACAAGACGCUGUCGCUGAUCAAAGAUGGCCGUGUGAUUGGAGGAAUCUGUUUUCGGAUGUUUCCCUCACAGGGUUUCACAGAGAUCGUGUUCUGUGCCGUCACCUCCAACGAGCAGGUCAAGGGGUAUGGCACUCACCUGAUGAACCACCUGAAAGAAUAUCACAUCAAGCACGACAUCCUUAACUUCCUCACCUACGCAGACGAGUACGCCAUUGGCUACUUCAAAAAGCAGGGCUUCUCUAAAGACAUCAAGGUUCCCAAGGCCAAGUAUCUGGGCUACAUCAAAGAUUAUGAGGGAGCGACGCUGAUGGGCUGUGAGCUCAACCCCAGCAUCCCUUACACCGAGUUCUCCGUCAUCAUCAAGAAACAGAAGGAGAUCAUAAAGAAACUGAUAGAGAGGAAGCAGGCUCAGAUCAGAAAGGUCUACCCAGGACUUUCCUGUUUUAAGGAAGGAGUUCGGCAGAUUCCCAUUGAGAGCAUUCCUGGAAUACGAGAAACUGGAUGGAAACCGGUGGGAAAAGGGAAGGAGCUGAAGGAUCCAGAUCAGCUGUACAGCACACUGAAGACCAUCUUACAACAUGUUAAGAGUCACCAGAAUGCCUGGCCGUUCAUGGAACCAGUGAAGAAGAUUGAGGCUCCUGGUUACUACCAAGUCAUCCGCUUCCCCAUGGACCUGAAGACGAUGUCUGAGCGUCUGAAGAGCAGGUACUACACCACGCGGAAGCUCUUCAUGGCCGACAUGCAGCGCAUCUUCACCAACUGUCGAGAGUACAACCCUCCAGAGAGCCAGUACUACAAGUGUGCCAACCUGCUAGAGAAGGUCUUCUACACUAAGAUCAAGGAGGCGGGCCUCAUUGAGAAGUGAAGGGAUGGGAGGGGCUUAAAGGGAGAGUGUGGUUUAGUUCUAAUGAUUUUCAAAAGGUUUUUAUUGUCUUAGUCUUUAUUUUUCUACUCUUGUCAACUAGAAAAAUAGUAGGAUAUGGUGUAGGGAGGAGGGUUUUAGGUUCAUUGGAAUACUCAAUGUCUGCUGUUCUAUCACUCUCUUCUCUCCAUCCUUGUCAUACUGCCUCCUCUGUCUUUUACUGUGUUUGAUCAGUCUCUGCUUCUCCUUGCUCCACCUUGUCUUUGUUGACUCAGGAAAACAGAUGUCAUGUAGAAACUCCACCUGUACAGCUAACCUAACCCUACAUCUAUUCAGAGUCCUACUACAUGCAGAAACUCCACCUGUACAGCUAACCUAACCCUACAUCUAUUCAGAGUCCUACUACAUGCAGAAACUCCACCUGUACAGCUAACCUAACCCUACAUCUGUUCAGAGUCCUACUACAUGCAGAAACUCCACCUGUACAGCUAACCUAACCCUACAUCUGUUCAGAGUCCUACUACAUGCAGAAACUCCACCUGUAUAGCUAACCUAACCCUACAUCUGUUCAGAGUCCUACUACAUGCAGAAACUCCACCUGUAUAGCUAACCUAACCCUACAUCUGUUCAGAGUCCUACUACAUGCAGAAACUCCACCUGUAUAACUAACCUAACCCUACAUCUGUUCAGAGUCCUACUACAUGUAGACGUCACAUCUGUAAACAACUGGACUCUCUGGGAGAAACAGGAAGGGAUAAUCAGCCAGUCAGUUACUCAGCCAUUCAGUCUGUCGGUCUCCAGAUUGGUGUUACUGGGUCGUAAUGGUGCAGGGUGAAGUUGCCCCUAGAGUCAGUUUUGCAUUUUCCCUACUCUAAUGGUAACCGUUAUGAUUGUGGGAUAGGAAGCUGAUCCUUGAUCUGUACCUAGAGGAAACCUCUCCUCAGGAGCCAUAGUAAUCAGUCAUUAGUUCUAAUGUAUGUGUGUGUUACCUAAAGCGUGAGUGUACGCAUGACGUCAUGCGAGGUCUGUGUCUCAGAAUGUAUGAGGUCAAAGUUUCUAUGUAUGUUAUUAGAGUUCAUCCUGCCAAAAAAAGGAAAAUAUUUCAAAUCCACAUGUAUACAUUAAGUAAUUCAAGAGGUUAAACCUCUUGAAUUAUUUAAUGUAUAUUUUCAAUGUACUGUAUAUAAGUUACCCGUCUUGCUUGUCCAUGUAAAAAGUCCCAUAAGGCAAAAGGUGACCAUGGAAAUGCCCUUAUUUAUUUUUCAAGCAACUAUUCAGCACCACAUGGUGAAUAACAACAUUUUUGUUUUCCAUGGAGCUGUUUUGUGUGUUUAGGGAAAUGCACGCUAUGGUUUAUUUAGCUAUGUAUAGUUCCUUAUUUAUGUACUAUAAUUUAAAGGAAUAAUGCUUAACAAAAGGUCUUAAUUUAUUUUGCCUAAUUAUUUCUGUCUAGCAAAUGGAGAUUGCUACCUUUGUACUUUGAAGAUAAAAGAAAAGAGAUUGUGCAGUACUAUCUUGUUUUUCUGUUUUGUAUAAAGAUGUUUGUACUUUUUAAACUAUAGGAUACAUCUGGAUUUUGUGAUAUGUCUGGAAGAGUUAUUACAUGGCCUUUGUACUAUUGCUUUUAAUGCCGUAGUUAUAACCGAUUUUAUAGACUAUUAAAAUAGAAGUGAAAAUAA